AUGUCCCUCGCCAGCGAGACCCUGCCGAACCUGCCCCUGCCGUUCGCCAGCUUCGACCUGCUCGUCAAGAUGUUCGCCGCCAAGGGGCUCGACUACUCCGACAUGAUCACGCUCUCCGGCGCGCACAACAUCAGCCGCUCCCACUGCUCCUCCUUCAAGGACCGCCUCCCGCCCAGCAACACCUCCGACAUGCACCCGGCGUUUGCCGCCACGCUGCAGGCUAGCUGCGCGUCGGCCAAUGGCACCGACAACACGGUGGUGCAGGACGCCGUGACCCCCGACGUCCUGGACAACCAGUACUACAAGAACGUGGUGGCCCACAAGGUGCUCUUCACGUCGGACGCCGCCCUCAGCACAAACUUCUCAUCGAACAACCUGGUGCGCGCCUACGCGGACUUCGUCCCCUAUCUGUGGCAGAACAAGUUUGCCAAGGCCAUGGUAAAAAUGGGCGGCGUUGAGGUCAAGACCGCCGCCAACGGGGAGAUCAGGACCAACUGCCGCAAAGUCAAUGGCAGGCCGUGA